AUGGCGCAGCGCCGCAGCGAUGGGGGGCAGCCGUGCAAUUUCGUAGCGGUGGACAACUGCUGGAAAAAAUACAUUGAAAGCGAACUAGAAGCUGCAAAAAAGUGGUCUCACAAAUGGGGAUUCUUGAAAACACCUCCAGAGUUGAUUGAAGAUGAAAAGAAAGAAAAAACAAAGCCCAAGAUACAGCUUCCAGAACAUCUGCAGAUUCGACCUGUGACCCCCGUGGAAAAAUAUAUUAAGGUGAAUCCAUCUCCUCCAGUACCUAAGACUACCCAGGGAUUUAUUGGCUGGAGAUCAUCUGUUCCUGGGCUGGAACUUGAACGUUGUUUUGAAAUCCAGAGCAGCAAAGGUACCUUUUUCAAGGAUUUGAAGUGGCCAUGUGAACCCUCUGACUGACAUUAAGAAAUAACAAUUAGGCACAUAGAUCCACUUGUGUUCCUAAAUUAAUGUUCUCUACUGGACUGUUAAAAAUUUGUCCUUUGAAAUCUAUCUAAACGUCCACAGUCAUUUUGGUAACGUGUGAACAUCUUAAUGUAGCAUUUUACUUGUUGCUCAUUUUUUUGAAAUCUGUAGCAUUCAGGCUGUUAAUACUGCUUCAGAUUCAUUUAGAAGCAACAAUGAAUAAAUUCAUGUAAUUGUAAGAGAGCAGGUACUUCUUUUGUUAGUGUUAGUAACGGUGUGAUUUUAAAAUAUUUAUUGAAAGUUUUUAAAAAACGUGUUUUGAAAUGGCAGAGCACUGCUUUUUUCAGUUGUAUCUCUGUGAAAGCCUCCGCUCAGACUCAGUUUCACAGCAGCUUAUUCAAACAUAGAUACAGACUGCCAUACUCUUGAUAUGUUCCUACACUGCUGCUUAAUCCAUCACUUACCAGUAUUGGAAUCUGCGUUGUAGAAUUGGU